CACAGGAAGUGGGGCUGCGGCUCCGCGGCGGGGCCUGCCGGGUUCUGUUGUCAUUUUGCUGACUCGAACUGCAGAUUCCAAGGAAAGGAUGGGAAGUGGAAUAAAGUACUGAAGUGCCAGAGGAAAAGUUAGAUCAGCAAAUGAAAAUUACUGUUACUAAACUGUAGGCUCUUCUGAGUUCUGCAUACUAGGGGGAAAAAGUUGCUGUUGACUCAAAGCUUUUAAAAUUACUUUUCCAGACUUUCCUCACUGAACUUGAAAUAAGCUAAAACCCUUCAUCUAGGGUUAAGUUAGGAAACAGAAAUAUGACUCCUUGCUGGAUCCUCCUCCAUCUCUGCAGGGUGUUUUGUUUGGGGUAGGAAAUCCUGAAUAAAUUGUAUGGCAUCAAUCAAAUUUACAGUUGGUGGUUAUGGAUGACACAGGAACUUCAGAUUCAUCGCUCUGCAAUGGCACUUGUUUAAGGCAAAGGCUGAAAGCUGCUCAUCGACUACUUUAUCAAAACUUGUAGUAACUAUUGUGGCCACGUUUUCUCUCUAAGGUUUGAACUCCGGGGUGAUGUUGCCUGGAAGGCAUGAGCAGAUAAGUCAUCUUUUUGUAUUGGAACCGGAAAUAAUUUGAGAAUGCCCAGAAGAGGUUUAGUAAUUCAAGCCAGGACUCGCUGGCUGUUAGUGGGCCUUGCUUUACUAUUUAGUCUGGUCUUGCUCAUGUAUUUGCUUGAGUGUGCUCCACAGUCAGAUGGCAAUGGAUCUCUGCCUGGCAUUGUAGGUGAAAACAUGGGUAAAGAAUAUUAUCAAGCUCUCUUGCAGGAACAAGAAGAGCAUUAUCAAAAUCGAGCUACUAGUCUGAAACGUCAGAUUGCCCAGUUAAAGCAAGAACUUCAAGAAAUGAGUGAUAAAUUGAAAUCCCUACAGGAAAAAAAGACCCCCAAGGUUAAUAGUAUGAACUACCAGGGCACCAAAGAACAAGCAUCCAAUGAUCUCCUAGAAUUUCUUCAUUCCCAGAUUGACAAAGCUGAGGUGAGCGUGGGGGCCAAACUGCCUAGUGAAUAUGGUGUCAUUCCAUUUGAAAGCUUUACAUCCAUGAAAGUAUUCCAGUUGGAGAUGGGACUCACUCGGCAUCCAGAAGAGAAACCUGUUAGAAAGGAUAAACGAGAUGAAUUGGUGGAAGUUAUUGAGGCUGGCCUGGAGGUUAUCAAUAAUCCAGAUGAAGAAGAUGGACAAGAUGAAGAUGAUGGAGUAGGAGAGAGGCAUCUGUAUAAUGAAAAUGAUUUCAUAGAAGGUUACUAUCGUACAGAAAGAGAUAAGGGGACACAGUAUGAGCUGUUUUAUAAGAAGAUGGAUGGCAUGGAAUACAGACAUGUCACCUUGUUCCGACCUUUUGGACCCCUCAUGAAAGUGAAGAGUGAAACGGUCGAUAUUUCUAGAUCAAUCAUUAACAUAAUUGUCCCUCUUGCUGGAAGAACUGAGGCAUUUGCACAAUUUAUGCAAAACUUUAGGGAUGUGUGUAUUCAUCAGGAUAAACGUGUUCACCUCACAGUUGUAUAUUUUGGACAAAAUGGACUAUCUGAAGUAAGAAGCAUCUUAGAAUCUGUGGCUAGGGAAACUAACUUCCACAAUUACACAAUUGUCUCUCUGAAUGAGGAGUUUAACCGAGGACGGGGACUUGACAUGGGUGCCAGAGCCUGGGAAAAGGGCGAGGUGCUGAUGUUCUUCUGUGAUGUUGACGUUUAUUUCACAGCUGAAUUCCUCAACAGUUGUCGCUUGAAUGCUGAGCCUGGGAAAAAGGUUUUUUAUCCUGUGGUAUUCAGCCUUUAUAAUCCUGCUAUUGUCUAUGCCAACCAAGAAAUGCCACCCCCUGUGGAGCAACAAUUGGUGCACAAGAAGGAUUCUGGUUUCUGGCGGGAUUUUGGCUUUGGGAUGACUUGUCAAUAUCGGACAGACUUUCUGACUGUUGGAGGUUUUGACUUGGAAGUGAAAGGCUGGGGUGUCGAGGACGUUCACCUUUACAGAAAGUACUUGCACGGUGACCUUAUUGUGAUCAGGACACCAGUCCCUGGUCUCUUUCACCUUUGGCAUGAGAAACACUGUGCAGAUGAACUCACUCCAGAGCAGUAUCGUAUGUGUAUCCAGUCCAAAGCCAUGAACGAGGCCUCUCACUCGCACCUUGGAAUGCUGGUCUUCAGGGAGGAGAUCGAGACUCAUCUCCGUAAGCAGGCUUACAGGACUAACAGCGAAACAGUGGGUUAAAUGUCACUCCUGUGACACUUGAUGACUUCAAAUUCACAAUGAACCAGCAUCUUUUUACAGCCUUAAUUCAGCUUAAAAAUGCAGUGCCUCUCUUUUUCAGUGAAGAAGAGUUUAGAGGAUUUUUGGUUCUCGUAUUUGUUUUCAGAGUAAUUCUUUGACUGAUGCGUGAUUACCCUACCUAUCUUGCAAGUCCAAGCGCCUCAAAUAAAUUGGAAUGUGUGUGUAGUUGAAGAGAAAUGUCUUCAGUGGAAUGUACAACUCUACACUUUUCCACAUGGUACAUUUUAAUUCUUAUUUUUCAUUAUCUUAAGAACUAAAUAAUAUUUUGCGUUGUCUUGAGUAUUUUCACUCUGUGUGGAUUACUGCACUGUGUCUUUACACUCCAUUGUAGAAGGAAGAGAAAGGUGCAGAAAAAUCUCACUGUGAAAAGUAUCCAGGACACACUGAACAGUAACACCAGCUGUUCAGGUUCCUGAUUUCACAGCAGGGGCCUGGUGCUGCAUUUGCUGUAUUAACAGACAUUCACAUAUUUGAAUGUGGAAUAACUUAUGUGAAGGAGGGGGAAUGAAAAUCUUUGAGGGCAGUUUUAGAGCAUAUAAUGUAAUUUCACCCUGCAAAAGAGACCACCUUCUUGUCUCUGAUGGAUCAGACAAGUUGGGAACGUUCCACUUGGGUGUUUUGUGUGUCUGGUCUUUUCCUGCAGUAGACACCACAUCACAGAAUCUGAACUUCUAUCAAUUGAGUUAUGCCAUUAAGCUCAUUUGCUUAAAGAUUUUUGCCCCCAUUCCUCCUUAUUCCAAGGCCCUGUCUUUACAUCUUGUGCUUUUAAGUUGAGGAACCAUCUUUUCCCAUAUAAAUUUAUUGGAGGCCCAUUUGCUGUUAUGCCAAUAUUAUCCUUUUGCUUUCUUCUUCUUUCUGGCAUUUUCUUGACGUGUUUUCAGGAGGAAGUUGUAUACUUUUAGCUGUUUCAGUGACUAUAAAAGCAAGUGCUAUUACAGUCUUUAUUCAUACAAUGUUCUCCAUUUCACUGAUUUUCCUAGCAGCCUUAUUCUUCACUUACUCAGUUUGAAGGGGUUUUUGCUGGUUACUUGGAGUGGGGGGGAGGUGUCUCU